CGGUGAUAGGCUGUCGAAAUUCCAUAUCACAUGACUCGGCACAGCCUAUCUCCGCAACCAAACUUGUAUCCUCGUUGCACCGUAAACGCAUCCAGGCACCAUCACAACAGUUGAUAUGUGGCAGCAAUGUUUCGCUCUCCAAAACUAAUAUCCACCACCUUCUACCGCGGUGUAUAUGCCCAGGGCGCCAUUAAACUUCCCGCCCGCUCGCUAAUACCCAAUCCCUCCUCCAGCGUUUCGCCUGGUUUGAAACGUUACUUCGUCCGUGCGGCACGAGUACCACUGACCCAAAGAGAAUAUGUAAAUCGGCGAAGAUUACGCUCGUUGGUUUACGUCGCCAUCUUCGGCUGUUUGGGCUAUAGUAUAGGAAAUUCUUUGUCCGCAUUCUUAGCGAAUCCCGCUACCCCCGGCUCCCAUGAGGAUACACAACGAGUUAAGCACCUGAGGCGAGUUAUGGAUAGCCUAGAUAUGGUUAAGAAGCUGCGGGCUGAUCCAGACUAUGUCGAAUGGGAAGCAUACAGUAAUUUUACGGAGGAGGAGAAGCCUCAUCGACUUACGACUGGGCCUCUAAGUGGGAGUCGCAAUAUACCUGUGCAGCAAGUAUUUUGGAAUGAAAGAGAACACAAGGCUACAACAGUCGUACAUUUUGGGAUCGGGGUCAGCGGCUGGCCCUUAAUAGUUCAUGGAGGAGCAAUCGCUACAGUGCUGGACGAAUGCUUGGGACGGGUUGCCAUACGCAGCUUCCCGGCUCGAACAGGUGUAACGGCCAACCUCAACAUUGACUAUAUCAGACCCGUCAAGGCAAUGGACUUCUAUACAGUGACGGCAGAAUACGAUCCAGAGAAGAGCACAGAACGCAAAGCCAUCGUUAAGGGCGAAAUUCGAGAUUCUGAGGGUAGAUUAUGUACCACAGGAAAUGCCCUAUUCGUGGUGCCGAAGACAGUGACGUUGAGAACUCUCGGUGAUAAUUUCUAAACGUCAUAUUAGACAUCAUCCAAGAACCUACUGCACAUACCAAACGACUUGACUUAUGGAGUUUCCCAUGGGGUUGAACACUAACCUCUACCCAAACCCAAGCAAUCUGCCGAACAGCCCCGAUAUGUUAGCAACUAGAUAUGCAGUUGUGGGAAAUUGGAUCGUAGCACUAUUAGUCUCAAUGUCAUAUCGACGUUUCCCACACGAAGACCUCCGACAGAGCGUCCUGAAUUCCUCAUGUUUGGACGCAGAUAGGCAUAAAGGUGGGCAUGUCGACUCCACAACAUCAACAUUCUCUUUACCGAAUCUUAAACCCAGCUCUUUCUUUCAACCCACGAGAGUGAUAGAUCCGACAGCUCGAAAUGCAAGAACGGCGCAAGUUGCCCAUUUCUUUCUUCUUUCUUUCUUUCUUAACAAUAAAAAAUACACUGCCGGAGUGAACCAAGGGCCUGCCUGCGUACCUUCUCCCAGAUAAAUCUUCGCUUCAGGUGGCAUUUUCACUGGACAUAGUGCAUUUAAGAUAACCAUUGAACGACAACAGAACUGCCUUUUCAAGAUCAGCAGAGGUCUAGUAUCCAAACACCCCAGCUUGAUUUAUGUAUGCAGCCCAUAGCUCACAUUAAUUUUCCUCGGCAUUGACAACUACGAAUAUCAUGCUCCCUACUCUGUUAGUCGAAUUAAAUCAGGUACACCCACGGAGUUAUCGCACAUAUCCUAAUUUGCGGAGCGAAGCGAAGCAAUAUGUUAGGUGCUUUCAAAACCUGAUUAGAAUAGACGCCUGUAGAGGAAGCCGCAAUGGCCUGAGCCGCCUGUAUAGGUAGUCACCAGUCACCACCCAUUAAGCAGGCAAUUACAGCUUCAAUUACUGCAAUUGCUGCUAGACUGGCCGGCAGGACCAUGAAUUUCAC